AUGGUUAAGACUGUUUGUAUAACAGGUGCAACAGGUGUAAUGGGAUUAGAGUCAUUGAAGCAGAUAUUGACUCUUGGUGAUCAAGUUAAAGUUCAGUUGCUUGUCUUGAACGACAAGAAGAACAAGAAGAUCAUCAAGAAGUAUUCUAAUCUUGACAAUGUCAGUAUUGUCUAUGGCGAUCUUCGAAACUACGAAGAUGUUUUGAAAGCAGUCAGUGGAAGUGAUUACGUCUUACACAUCGGCGGAAUGGUUUCACCAUAUGCAGAUGACAAACCACAGACGACACACGAUGUCAAUGUCCACGGUGCAGAGAACGUUGUUCGUGCUAUCAAGGAACAACCGAACAGAGAUGACAUCAAAGUUGUUUACAUCGGAAGUGUUGCGGAGACAGGUGACAGGAACUACCCAAUACAUUGGGGCAGGACAGGAGAUCCAAUCAAAGUCUCAGUUUUCGAUCAUUACGGCGUUUCUAAAGUUCUUGCGGAGCGUGUCUUUGUCGAGAGUGGUCUUAAGAAGUGGGUUGUCAUGAGGCAGAGCGGCAUCCUUCACGCAGGUCUUCUGGAGAAGAUGGAACCGAUCAUGUACCACGUCCCUCUCAACGGUGUCCUCGAGUGGUGCACAGUCGAAGACAGCGGUCGUCUUAUGAAGAACUUCGUCGACUUCGACCUCCCAGAUGAGUUCUUCAGGAACUUCUACAACAUCGGCAGUGGCGAAUUCUACAGACUUACGAACUUCGAAUUCGAGAACCUCAUUCUCCACUCCAUUGGUCUUGGUGACAUCCGCGGUUUUUUCAAACCAAACUGGUUUGCUACACGCAACUUCCAUGGUCAAUACUACAUUGACAGUGACAGGCUAGAGUCAUAUUUGAAGUUCAGAGCCAACAUUGAAACAGAAGAAUACUUUGAGAUCUUAUCAUCAAAGGCAAAGAAGAUUUUCACUGUUCCAAAGUACAUUCCAUUCAAAGAUGCAAUGUCUGCUGUUGCUCAGCCAUUCAUGAAGUUGAUUGGAGAGAAUAAGGACUUCGGAACAUUAGGAUGGAUUAGAACAAACUACACAGAUAGAUUGGAUUCUCAUUACGGUGGAAUUGAAGAGUUUAAGAAACUUCCUUCCAACUGGGGUGAAUACGCCAUCAAACACUAUGAUACAAAGUUCAAUCCAAACAAAGACAUCUGCAUGAAUCAUGGAUAUGAUGAGAAUAAGCCAUUCGAGUCGUUGACAGUUGAAGAUUUGAGACACGCAGCAGAGUUCAGAGGAGGUUCACUUGUCAGUGAUCACGUUGAUGACAUGUGUUCCAAAGUUACAUGGAAGUGCGGACAUUGUGGUCGCGAGUUCGAAGCAUCACCAACACUUAUCUUGAAAGGCGGACACUGGUGCCCACACUGCUUCAUUCCAGAGACAUCAUGGCAGUACGACUCCAUUGCCAAGACCAACAAGUUCUUUGCCCAAAGCUGGAACUUCAGCUACAAAGAAGUUGCCAACAAAGUUUAUGAUUUCAAACAAUGCUUUGAUACAUGCAACAACUCUUCUAAGAACAUGAAUAUGGUUUAUUAUAUAUUAGCUUUUAUUGCUGUUGUUAUAAUGUUUAUUUGUUUAGCUGUUUUUGUGUAA